UUUGACCAUUCAAGCACACCCUGAGGUGAUUGUCUGCUUCUUCGUUUUCACAUUCUAGCAUUCAACCCGCUCUGCCUUUGGCUCACUCCCCUGUACACAUACAUCCACGUAUAUUCAGGUCUGUCGGGGCCAUUUUCCUCAUCAAUAACACUCUUUAAAACCCUAUUAUUGGAAAAACAAAGCAACAAACCGAAGUAUAAGCAGAGUACCCUCUGAGCAUUUUCAGCACUUUUGCUUUAACAUCACAUCGAUUUGUAAUCAUGGCGAGAAAGAUGCUAAUUGAUGGGGAGGUAGGCAAUUCUACUGAAGAAGAGGCUCACUAUGACUUUGAUUUGUUUGUGAUUGGGGCUGGAAGUGGAGGUGUCCGGGCUGCUCGUUUUUCCUCUCAGUAUGGAGCUAAGAAGGUUGGGAUUUGCGAGCUUCCUUUUCAUCCAAUCAGUUCAGAAGUCAUAGGAGGAGUUGGUGGAACAUGUGUCAUACGUGGUUGUGUUCCUAAAAAGAUUUUGGUGUAUGGGGCUUCCUUUGGGCCUGAACUUGAGGAUGCCAGGAAUUAUGGGUGGGAAGUAAAUGAGAAGAUUGAUUUCAAUUGGAAGAAACUUUUGCAAAAGAAGACAGAGGAAAUAGUCCGGCUAAAUGGAAUCUACAAGCGAUUACUUUCAAAUGCAGGGGUUAAACUCUUUGAAGGAGAGGGGAAGGUAGUUGGUCCCAAUGACGUAGAAGUGACACAACUGGAUGGCACUAAAUUGUGCUAUUCAGCAAAGCACAUAUUGAUUGCAACUGGCAGUAGGGCUCAACGUCCACCUAUUCCUGGACAGGAGUUGGCUAUAACUUCUGAUGAGGCUUUGAGCUUGGAUGAGUUACCCAAGCAUGUUGUCAUACUUGGUGGAGGGUACAUUGCUGUUGAGUUUGCUUCUAUAUGGCGUGGAAUGGGUGCCACAGUGGAUCUAUGCUUCAGAAAGGAACUUCCAUUGAGAGGUUUUGAUGACGAAAUGAGAACACUGGUUGCAAGAAACCUGGAAGGCAGGGGAAUUAAUUUGCACCCACGGACAUCCUUGACAGAGCUGGUUAAAACAGAAGAUGGCAUAAAAGCUGUCACUGACCAUGGUGAAGAAUUGGUGGCUGAUGUUGUACUAUUUGCCACUGGUCGGGCUCCUAACACAAAGAGGCUAAAUUUGGAUGCUGUAGGUGUUGAGCUUGACAGGGCAGGAGCUGUGAAGGUUGACGAGUACUCACGCACCAGCAUACCUAGCAUAUGGGCCAUUGGUGAUGUUACAAAUCGCAUAAAUCUCACUCCUGUGGCCUUAAUGGAAGGGACCUGUUUCGCAAAAACUGUUUUUGGUGGAGAGCCUAGCAAACCGGACUAUAGUAACGUACCUUGUGCCGUGUUCUGCAUACCACCUCUUUCUGUAGUUGGACUAAGCGAAGAAGAGGCUAUAGCGCAAGCAAAGGGUGAUAUCUUGGUUUUUACAUCAACAUUUAAUCCUAUGAAGAACACCAUUUCAGGACGGCAAGAGAAGACGGGUAUGAAGCUUAUUGUUGAUGCUGAAACGGAUAAAGUUCUUGGUGCAUCCAUGUGUGGGCCAGAUGCAGCUGAGAUUAUGCAGGGUAUUGGCAUUGCACUCAAGUGUGGAGCAACCAAAGCACAAUUUGAUAGCACGGUGGGUAUUCACCCUUCUGCUGCAGAAGAAUUUGUGACAAUGAGGUCAGUGACAAGGCGUAUCGCUGCUAGUAAACCAAAGACAAACCUCUAA